CAUGCAUCUGUAGCAAGAAAGAUGGAUGCUAGAGAGAGAGAGAGGGACUUCCUGGUGAUGAGAGCAGGUGGAAAAUAUGCUCAGUGUCAGGAGGGUGAGUGAAGACAUCUGCAGCAGAAUUUAUGAGAGCGCACAAAGAAUUGAUUCUAUAACCUUCCUGCCCUCAAGUGACUUCCACCUCAAGUGGAAAAUUCAGACUCGGAUUGCUAACGAAAAGUACCUAAGGGCCCACAAAGAAGUAGAGUGGCUCAUAAGUGGUUUCUUCAGAGAAAUAUUUUUGAAAAGACCAGACAACAUCCUAGAAUUUGCUGCAGACUACUUCACGGAUCCAAGACUUCCCAGCAAAAUUCACAUGCAGCUAAUUAAAGACAAGAAAGUGGCUUAAUUAGCAAAAUCAUGAUGCUCGGCUGUUGGGAGAGACCAGACAGAAUCCAGCCUCAGGGGUCAUCUGGAGGCAUGAGAGCCCUCCUGCCAUCAGUGUGGGUUUCCAAGCUGCCUUGGGCUCUGUCUACUGUCGCAAAAGCUUUCAAAGAUAUUCAUUAAACACAGACCUUCCUGCU